CGCGCAGCUUCCGCAAGAAUAAAAGCCAUUUGGACUUUUAAUUUGAAGUCUGUAUAAAACAACAACAUCCGGUAGCAUAUCCUAUGGCUGCACAUUUUGAAUUAAAGAAAAUAAAUAAAGAUACACAACACCCCUGUGUGUUAAUGGUUUGUCAUAUUAAUGUUAUAGGCUCCUGAAGAAGAGCGAAACAAUUUUUUAUUUUUAUAUAUUUUUGUAAUUUCUAUUUUAUCUAAUGUUUUCUUUACAAAGAUGGACAAGAGCAAACACCGUGAAACACCAUACAGAGAUGCUCAAAUAUGCAAAUUGUUCAGAUUUUGAAGUACUGCAACGCAAUUGUCCGACUUUUAUUUUGAAAAGAGGAAACGCAGGACGAGACUCGAGGAAGCGGGUGCUUGCGUGCUAACAGCGCAUAUUAGCCACUAAAACAAAACAACAUCAUUUUACGUUUAUUCUUCAAAGCUAAAAGAGUAACGUGGAAAAAAUGGAGGUUCUUCGGUCAACAGAGAAAACAAUCGAGCCAGGCCUGCCUCCUCCAUCUCUUCGCCUCCUGGUGCCCCCUCUGCAGCUCCUGUCCGCCGCCAUGUGGCAGCUGGCCAAGCAGAAGGACGUGAUGAACUACGAGCGGCUGCAGGAGUUUGUGUUCAUGGUGACGGAGGCGGUGCCCGGACUCAUCAACCCCCGGCAGAGAGCCCAGCUCAUCCUGGGUCUAAGGGCACGGUUGGUUCUGGAGCUAUGCAAAGGCUCGGCACGAGGUUCUGUUGAUUCCCAAUUGAUCCAGAGCUACUUGGACAGACUCCCGAUAACCUCGGCAAACACAGAUUACAGGGAUGCAGAGGUGAAAACAACGGAGUACACUUUCAUUGCCCUUGUCCAGAGCCUGCUGAAAGAUCCAGUUGAGAGAGCGUACUUCUUCCAGGAGGUGUUCCCAGUGGAAUAUGGGCCGCAGUAUGAUGCAGCUCUACAUGUGUUGUUGUGGGAGUUGCUCUCCAAACUGGAAAAGCUGCUGCCGAUACCAGACCUCAAACAGACUGCCGCCUGGCUCGGUUCUGCUCCCUCUGUUUUGGACGAAUGUGUCCAGUCGUCACCCGAAGAGCUGAGCUUGAUCUUUGAGCACUACAAGAGUUUGGGGCUGCUGAAAAUGCCUUAUGGCCCUUCAUCCACCAUCGGCAGCUGCAUCAUGUCUGCUCUCUCCAUUCCUCCCUCGCAAAAGACAAAUGUCUCUGUUGGACUGGAAUCGAUCCACAACUAUGCCAACGUACUGAACCCCGUGGCUUUCGUCGGCGCGGACCAGUACAGCGUCGUGGCCGUUUACACCGAGCUGGAAGUCGGAGCGUCUGAAGUGGAUGAGGCGGUGAUGCAGUCGGCCGAAGUCCAGGUUCACACGGAUUUCUACGAGGAGGAGAUUGUGGCCAUGAGCGCGGAUAACGUUGGCUAUGAGGAGUGCGGCAGCUUAAGAGGGGAGGAAACGAGCGAACCUGUGGACGUUGCCAAAGCGCUGGAGACUCUGACGAAAACCUUUGCACUGAGGAAGGAGAGCCUCUGUCAAGAUGUGCCGACGGGGAAGAGUAACGAUUCAUCCCUGAAUGAUGAGUCUGCGUCAGGAAAUGUUACAGAUGUAGGGAAUACAAAUGGACAACACGAAACGGGAGAACAGACUGAUGAUAAAGGAGAAACCACUGAAGAGGUGAUGGAUGAUUUCCAGCCUGGAGGCACAGAGACUAGUAUCAUCUCCUCCUGUACAGAACUGAAGGACAACUGUGAAUCCUCCGGCCAUGAAGAAAUUACAGACUUCUCCGGUGAAGCUCCUGUUUCAGAAACACAACCGUCUGCCGACUCGGCAAACAUCCGCAGAUCCUCUCGUCUGCAAAUGAAGACGUCACCUGGUUGGCAGGAGACGCUUACAAACGAGAAGGAAAUUACAGAGGAACCGGCAAUGAGUAAAGGUGUCAUGUCAGUCGCCCCCUCUGUGAUUGCGAUCAAAGGUGAUGCUGACGAAAUGACGUCCAUCAUCUUCACCUGCUCGCAGUGUCCCUUCCACAGCUCGGAGGACAAAAAUAGCCCUCCUCACUUCCACAUGCAGAGCGUUCGGACGGAGGUGUACAAGAAUCUCCCGGGGGACAAAUUCACUCCAUCUCCCUCCAGCACCGAUGAAAUAUUCACGUCCAUUAAACUUUUCCCAAAAGGAUACGCAGAGCAGAGCAAAGCGGCGCCGCCCGACGACAAAAGCAAAGCAAACGCUCCUCAGGCGCACGGCCGACGCAAGUCUCUCUCGUGUGAAACGUGCGGCAAGACGUUCACCCGCACGUCGGACGUCAGGCGCCACCAGCUCACCCACACCGGAGAAAGACCGUUUCACUGUUCGCAGUGCAAGCGAACGUUCCAGCACUCCUGGGAUCUGGCGAAGCACGAGAGCAAAGACCACGGCGUGGCCAUCUCCUUCCCCUGCCCGCUGUGCCGGACCUCCUUCCCCAACCUCCGUGCCUUGACCGUGCACCACAAGAAGUCUCACUCGCAGGAGGAGAGCCAGCUCCCGCAGAUCUGCUCCAUCUGCAGUCGGAGUUUUGCAACUUCCUCCGAGCUGCUCGAGCACAGGAAGUCGCACGUCAGCAGCAGACUCUACGUCUGCCAGCAGUGCGGCGACGGCUUUGACUCGCUGCUGGCGCGCUCCCAGCACCGGCAGAUGCAUCAGGUGAAGCAUCAGUUCAAGUGUCCGCACUGCGACAAGACGUUCACGCGCAGGUCCGAUGUGAAGAGGCACCAGUCCACUCACACUGGGGAGUGUCCCUACCAGUGUAGCCAGUGCAACAAGCGCUUCUCGCUCCAUUUCAUGCUCAUGAAGCACCUGCGCGUUCACACGGGCGAGCGGCCUUUCCAGUGCUCCCACUGCCCCAAGAGGUUCUCGCUGGUGUCCGUGCUGGCCCGACACGAGAGGAUGCACACCGGGGACAAACCUUUCCUCUGCUCCCAGUGUGGGAAGGGUUUCUUGUCUCAGGGGGAACUCAUAAAACACCACAGGUCGCACGUGGACGACAAACCCUACUCCUGCCCCCAGUGCGACAAACGUUUCAAGAGCAAGAAAACCCAGCAGGAGCACAUCGUCUCCCACAGCGGCGCUCGGCCGUACCCCUGCACCUACUGCGGCAAGGGCUUCACCAAGCCGUACGCGCUGACCAGACACAACCUCAUUCACACGGGCGAGAGGCCGUUCCCCUGCGGACACUGCGACAAGUCGUUCCUCACGCUCAGCGAGGCUCAGCUGCACCAGCGGAUUCACACGGGGGAGAGGCCGUAUCCCUGCAACGUCUGUGAGCUCAAGUUCAAGAGCUCGUCGGAGCUGGCGCGACACAAGCGCAGCCACUCGGGGCUGAAGCCGUCAAAGCCGCACUGCGAGCGGUGCACGAAGACGUUCGCGUCCAAGGCCAAGCUGCAGAAACACAUGGAGACGCACAGGGAGGAGGAGGAGGAGAGUGCAGCGCAGUGUGUGGACUCGAAUCAAAUAUCUGAAUAAAUAACACAGCCUCUCUAGGAGUACGUUUACAUUUAGAUAAUACAAUAAUUUAGAUUUAGCUUGGUCAAAGUUUACAAGUUAUGAUCAGGAGAAAGGAAAUUUACUAAUACCAUUUCAAUUAUGCUCAGUUGUUAGACAAAUCAUUUUGACAUAUAAGUGCUUAAUAUGUCCACUUCGCCAUCUCAUCUCCACUUUGCAACAGGGACAUUGGAAUUUCAUCUGAAAUGGUUUGUUUCACAUGGAAAUCACGGGGGAAGAAAAAGUUAAUAAAAUAGAUUUUUCACUCCUU